GAUCACCCCUGACUUCCGAGUUGAAACUUUUGCAACAAUAAUUUUUUUAAAAAAUGGACAGCCCAAAUUCUGGGAGUAGGCGGUAGGGACGCGGCAUGAGAAGCAAUUAUUACUGUUUGGCGUGCGGCUAUAAAAUGAAAUGGGGUUUAAAAACCAUAGAAUGCUUUGAGAGUAGCUUCUUGGAAAGGAUCGAAAGGAGAAGACUUCCAAGUUGCCUAAUUUUUAUUAAUACAUUCUUUGUGGGGAUUGUUCAAAUUUUGACCUGCUAGAUAGAUCAGAUGCCACUGUUCGAUUACUGCAAAUUAACGAUGGGGGGAUUGUUAAUGACCAUACUGGAAUGGUUGGAGCUGCUCGUGAGCACUGUGAUUCAUUUGACGUAUGGGUUUUACUUUGCCAGCACAGCUGUGGUUUUCGAUCUCUCAAAUGCUCUGAAUGAGUAUUUUAAGCUCAAUACGAUUAUUGAGGUGAAGGAGGAAUCGCUCAGAGAGGACAGUAGCGUUGAUGAUCUGCCGCCGGUGGUCUUGGUUCAUGGAAUUCUUGGAUUCGGGAAAGGGAAAAUGGGAGGCUUACCUUAUUUUGCUGGGGCGGAGAAGAAGCUUGAAAGGGUUCUGGUGCCUGAUUUGGGUGCACUAACCAGCAUUCAUGACAGGGCUCGCGAAUUGUUCUACUAUUUGAAAGGUGGGAAAGUUGACUAUGGAGAAGAGCACAGCAAGGCUGCUGGGCAUUCACAGUUUGGACGAGUUUAUGACCAAGGGAACUAUCCCGAAUGGGAUGAGGAUCACCCUGUUCACUUUGUGGGUCACUCCGCCGGAGCACAGGUUGUUCGGGUUUUGCAGCAAAUGCUCGCAGACAAGGCAUUUGAGGGGUAUGAGAACACUUCUGAGGACUGGGUGUUAAGCAUUACUUCCAUAUCUGGAGCUUUUAAUGGGAGCACGAGAGCCUACACAGAUGGGAUGCAGCCAGGAGACUGGAGAUAUAUGAAACCUGUGUCUCUACUUCAGCUGUGCCGCAUAGGAGUAGCAUUUCUGGAUUGGUUUGACAUUGGCUUAAUAAAAUCUUACUACAAUUUUGGGUUCGAUCACUUCAAUAUGUCGUGGAAGAAAACAGGAAUUUCAGGUCUUGUAGAUGGCCUCUUGGGGAAUGCAGGUCCCUUUGCAUCAGGAGAUUGGAUCCUUCCUGAUCUUACAAUUCAAGGGACUACACAAACCAACUCCCUUCUAAAGACAUAUCCAAAUACAUUCUACUUCAGCUAUGCUGCCAAGGGAACUAGGAAAUUCAUGGGUAUCAUAAUUCCUUCUAGUUUACAUGGAAUCCACCCCUUGCUUUGGUUGAAAACCUUGCAGCUUAGUCAAUGGCGUUAUCCUGCUGAUGUUGAGCCCCCAUACAAAGGUUAUAGGGACGAAGAUUGGCAGGACAAUGAUGGAGCACUCAAUACCAUAUCCAUGACGCACCCCCGUCUCCCUGUUGAGCACCCAAAUUGUUUCAUUGCAAAUGAUUCUGAGUGUCAGCCUUUGGAACCAGGCAUCUGGUACUACAAGAUUGUGGAAGCUGAUCAUAUUUUUUUUGUUUUGAAUCGGGAGAGAGCCGGAGUUCAAUUCGAUCUAAUGUAUGACAGCAUCUUUGAGCGCUGCAGAAAGCUUGCAUCUAAGAGAAUUCCUCCAGUGAUACCAAAUCAAGUGCAGACAUAGUUUGUGUUAUCCCGAGGUGAUAGAUUUUUUGAAGUCGGGGUUAUACCAAUGGGGAGGCAACGCACAUUCAUACAACGGGAAAGAUCCAUAUGUAGAAGUGGUGACUUCUCCCAACAACCCAGAUGGCUUUAUUCGGGAAUCUGUAGUGAAGCAAGAUCAAGGUGGUGGUCAUGAUGUAGCUGGGAAAUUGAUCCAUAAUCUUGCUUACUAUUGGCCACAUUAUACUCCCAUUACAAAGCCUGUAGAUCACGAUAUCAUGCUCUUUACUUUUUCUAAAUGCACUGGUCACGCUGGUUCCUGAAAUGAAGAAUAGCUUCCCAAGAGGGGGGAUGAAUUGGAAAUC